UUUAGGAAGAACUGCGGGAAAAGGCGAUAGCAAUCAAAUUUAAGUCAAACAGAGACUCUGUUUACUUACUUUAACACUUCAGUGCUGCUACGCUUUUCGGGAAGCUGUACAGAGGUGAUUCGUGGCUUGUUGUUGUCUCUUCCUCUCCCGCCCCCGUGCAACUUGAAAACCAUGCCACUCCCUCUGAGCUUCAUAGGGCAAUAGAGUAUAAAUAUAAAUAGCCAGGGCUUCAGUCAAUUAGUCUUUGCCACAGCGAGGGGGUUUUCUGACUUUGCACAGAACUGACCUGACCCGUGAGGUGAAAAGAAAUGGCUCUUUCCAAAUCUCCUAGGGUGACAAUGAAUGAUGGGAAUACCAUCCCAGUGCUGGGAUUUGGCACUUAUGCACCUAAAAGUGUUCCCAAAAGUGAAAGUGAGAUGGCCACAAAGGUGGCUAUUGAAGUGGGCUUCCGCCAUAUUGAUGGGGCUUUCCUAUACGAAAAUGAAAAAGAAGUUGGACGGGCGAUCCGAGCUAAGAUUGCAGAUGGGACAGUGACCAGAGAGGAAAUAUUCUACACGGGGAAGCUUUGGAGCACGCACCACCGCCCAGAAUUGGUCAGGCCUGCCCUGGAAGAGACCCUGAAAAACCUCCAGCUUGAUUACAUUGACCUUUAUAUUAUCCAUUGGCCCGUCUCUUUUAAGCCUGACAAAGAUAAGUUUCCAUUGGAUGAAAAUCAGAAAGUUAUCGGUGACUCUGUGGAUUUGAGUGAUACUUGGGAGGCCUUGGAGAAAUGUAAGGAUGCAGGUCUCGUGAAAUCCAUUGGAGUGUCCAACUUCAACCGCAGGCUAUUGGAGAUGAUCCUGAAUAAACCUGGGCUUAAAUAUAAACCAGUCUGCAACCAGGUGGAAUGCCAUCCUUACCUGAACCAGAGCAAAUUGUUGGAGUUCUGCAAGUCAAAUGAUAUCAUAUUGGUAGCAUAUAGUGCCUUGGGAUCCCACAGAGAGACUCAAUGGGUAGAUCAAAGCACUCCUGUUCUCCUAGAAGAUACAGUCCUGGCAGCCAUUGCUAAGAAGUACAAUCGAACCCCAGCCCAGGUCGCUCUCCGAUACCAGAUUCAGCGAGGGGUGGUAGUCUUGGCAAAGAGCUUCACUGAAAAGCGGAUCAAAGAGAACUUUCAGGUGUUUGAGUUCCAGUUGACUCCAGAAGACAUGAAAGUCAUUGAUGACCUUAACAAAGACCUUCGCUACCUGACCUUAAAUCAAUGCCAGGAAUUUCCCAACUAUCCUUUUAAUGAUGAAUACUAAUGAAGUUUUGACUCAGAAGAUUUGUGGCCUGAGAUGCUGCAGUGCUCUCAAAGGAGUAGCUUACAUUCUGUUGGUUUUUAUGGAAAUUAAAUCCAGUAUUAUGGUUAAGCCAUGCACCAUGGCUAAGCCUACACCAAGGCACAGGUUAAAGGCAAUUGUUAUAUUCUAAGCUCUGCUUUUCCUGCCCUCAAUAAGACAGACAUAAUGGUACCCAUUUACGUAACAUUUCAAAGUAUGCCAUAUAGUAGUGCAAGUAUUAUCCACUUUUUUCCAAGAGAGGUAACCUUUUCUCAGAGAGGUUGUAUCAGAGUUAGUAUCUCGCUCACAGCCCUCCUCUUUCCUCAGAUCUUACCAUUAUUUGUGGUACUUCAACAUAUAUAUUGAUAUCCCCUUCAGCAUCCUAACUACUCAAUUCCUUAGUCUCCUCAACUCUCAUGGACAACUUCUUCACUUCACCAUCUAUAUAGUAGUGUAGAUGUGCUGUCCUAGGUAUGGCAGUCCCCUUCAGUUCUCUACAAUUUCAUCCCAGCUACUUUCAUAUCCAGCAUGAAUGCAGUAAUUUCUGUAACUCUUCUGAAAUGAGAUUUGUCACUACCAAGGGGUACAGAGAAAGCCAAUCAUAAUCGUACAUACAUACAUAUACAUAUUAAGAAAACAAUCACAUGCUGUGAUUACACACAUAUAAUGAAUAGAUGAUAGUUCACUCAAAACCCAAAAGAACACUAGCCCCUAUAAGCCUUGAGGAUGACAAAUAUUCAUAUCUGAGGUAACUCCCAAGGCAAAAAUAAAUCUUUGAAUCUGGGAUUUGUCUGUAGUAAAGAAGAUGUAACUUCAAUACAUAUUAUUCUAGGCACACUCUAAUGAUUUUAAUAAUUAAUGGUCAAACAAUCUAUCAAAUAAAAAUCUAUCAUAUUAAAUCUA